AUGAAGGCAAUAAUGGCGCGUCAAAAAAAAUCCGCGAAUUUUUUGCCCAUUGACUCACACUUCCAGAGUGCGACUACUUCGACACAUUCAACAGAAGAAACACAGUCCAAAGUUAAUGCCAUCGACCUGACGCUAGACGAUGUACCGUUGAGUCCGUUUACUCGGCAAAAGCGCCAGCGCUCUUUCUAUGAGGAAUCAGACGACGAAGCGGAAAAUAGGGAACCUAAUACAGCGUAUGAUUUGAUUCAACAAAGUCGACGCCGCUCAGCUGCACCGAAUGAGCCUUCAAAAGCUAAGAAACGAGCCGUUGAAAUAUCAAGCGUAGAUUUGCUUACCAAAGUUAAUCGAAUAGUCUUUGGAAACGACGAUUUUAGAACGAACCAGAGAGAAGUGAUAGAGGCCACAAUGCGUGGGGAGGACUGUUUCGUGCUUAUGCCAACUGGUGGCGGCAAAAGUCUGUGCUAUCAAUUGCCAGCUGUUAUAAGCAAAGGAGUUACUAUUGUUGUGUCGCCGCUCUUAUCGCUAAUCCAGGAUCAGGUGACGGCAUUGAUACAAAACCCUGGGUGCGGUAUUCCUGCCGCCUUCUUAACAAGCCAGACGUCGCUGACGCUCAAGAGAUCGAUUAUAGCAGAGCUCAGGCGAACAGCUCCAAGUGUGAAGCUCUUGUAUUUGACACCUGAAAAGAUUAUUAAGUCAUCAGAGAUGAUGAAUUUGCUACAAGGCUUGCAUCGUAAUCAGAUGCUUGCUAGAUUUGUCAUCGAUGAAGCGCAUUGUGUCAGCCAGUGGGGACACGAUUUUCGACCUGAAUACAACCAGCUUGGAUUGCUUAAAACGUCAUUUCCUAAUGUUCCAUUAAUGGCGCUAACGGCGACGGCGCCACCUAAGGUGAUCAAUCACGUCCGUAAGUCUUUGAUGAUUUCAAAAGGACUAGUAUUUUCCAUGAGUUUCAAUCGACAGAACCUCACGUUUGAGGUACGGGAUAAACCUCGUGGCGGCGACAAGAAGGCCAUGGAGGCAUUGUAUGAGCUCAUUUCGAAAACUUAUCCAUCCGAUGCAGUGGGAAUUGUCUAUUGCAUGACCAGGCAAAAUUGUGAAUACGUAGCUGACUACCUUUUUGAUCGCGGACUCCGUGCUGAUUUUUACCAUGCUGGGCAAUCUGCGACAGACCGACACUUGGUGCAAGACGCUUGGCAAAAUGGCCAAGUGAGUAUUGUGUGCGCCACGAUCGCUUAUGGUAUGGGCAUUGACAAAUCCAAUGUUCGGUACGUUAUCCACUUCUCGGUGGCUAAGUCCAUUGAAGGAUAUUAUCAAGAAGCCGGUCGUGCAGGGCGAGAUGGCAAACCUUCGCAGUGUAUUCUCUUCUAUAGCCCGACUGACGUCUCUAGGAUGCGCCACAUCCUUAGCAUGCCACAAAAAGGCAUGACGAAGAAAACGCGCGCGGUUCAUAUUGAAAAGCUCCGAUCUAUGGCUGAGUAUUGUGAGAACGACACAACAUGUCGUCGACAGUUGCUUCUUUCGUACUUCGGUCAGCAGUUUCAGCGCUCAGAAUGCAACCGGACAUGCGAUAAUUGUCGACGUAACGUGCAGCUUGCAUGA